GCCGCUCAACCAACCAAAAACGCCGCUCUCAUUUUCAAAUUUCGUACACUUACAAGUUACAACUCGAGCCGUCGGCGCUCGCUUUGGCUCUCACAAUGCUCCCGCUCUUCUUCCGCCGCCUACUCCACCGCCGAUACAGCCACCACUACUCUACCUCGCAACCGCUUCAUCUCCCGCUCGUUCAUCCAAUUUUUCAAAUCUGGUCCGCGAACACCUCUCUCGGCAAAACCCUAGUUUCCGCUGGCCUUUCCUCUUCAUUUCUCCUCUCUUCGUCCUCCAAUAAGAAGUUUCUCUAUCUCAAGCCUGUACAGACCGGCUUUCCUGCCGAUUCCGACUCUCGCUUCCUCUUCACGAAACUCUCCGCGCUCUCUCUCCGCCGCAACUUCCCUUUCAAUCUCUUACUCUCCGAUACCGUACUCAAGUCCUCUCCCUCCGCCGCAAAGUCUGUGCUUUCUGAGAAAUUUGAGGUCCAUGGGGAGAAAUGUAGGCCAGGAAUGUGUGAUUUGAAUUUUAGCGCACAGAGUAAGAUAAUGAGUGAUAAGAAUGGUAAAGAUGUGAUUUGUGAAUUGGAUUGUAAGACGCUGUUUGCGUGGAAGGAGGCGGUUUCGCCGCAUUUGGCGGCGGAGAGGGAGAGUGGAGUGGUGGGGGAUAAUGAAGUGGUUGAACUGCUGGGGAAGUGUUUGAGAGAAGGAUUGGAGAGUGAUAGAAGAGAAAGAAUGGAGGCUUUGUGUGUGGUGGAAACUGCUGGCGGGGUUGCUAGCCCCGGGCCGUCGGGGUCUCUACAAUGUGACUUGUAUAGGCCUUUCCGUUUACCUGGUAUUCUUGUUGGCGAUGGGCGGCUAGGUGGUAUUUCUGGAACCAUUUCCGCCUAUGAGAGUUUGAAGCUUCGUGGUUAUGAUGUUGUUGCUAUUGUCUUUGAAGAUCAUGGCCUCAUUAACGAGGUGCCACUGAUAUCAUAUUUGCGAAAUAGGGUGCCUGUGCUUGUGCUGCCUCCUAUUCCAACUGAUGCGUCAAAUGACCUGAUGGAAUGGUUUGAUGAAUCUCAUGAUGUCUUUAAUUCUUUGAAGGACAUAAUGUUAUCAGCUUAUUCAGAAAGAAUAUGUCGAUUGAAUGAAUCUGCAAAGCGAGCAGGGGAGGUUUUCUGGUGGCCAUUUACGCAACACAAUCUGGUACCAGAAGAAACUGUUACAGUAAUUGACUCACGUUGUGGAGAAAACUUUUCAGUCCACAAGGUUCGUGAUAAUGAAUUCAUUACUCAACAAUUUGAUGCAUGUGCUAGUUGGUGGACUCAAGGACCAGAUGCUAUCUUACAGACUGAGCUUGCAAGAGAUAUGGGUUAUACUGCUGCCAGAUUUGGGCAUGUAAUGUUCCCUGAGAAUGUUUAUGAGCCAGCCUUAGAAUGUGCAGAACUUUUGCUUCAAGGUGUGGGAAAAGGCUGGGCUUCUCGGACAUUCUUUUCAGAUAAUGGAUCUACAGCAAUUGAGAUUGCUCUCAAGAUGGCAUUUCGGAAGUUUUCUUCUGAUCAUGGAAUUCUUCUAGAUUUUUUCAAGAAUAACAGGGCUGAAAAAUCUGUUGAGCUCAAGGUUCUUGCGCUUAAAGGAUCUUAUCAUGGUGAUACUUUGGGUGCCAUGGAAGCACAAGCACCGUCUCCUUAUACAGGGUUUCUCCAGCAACCAUGGUAUGUGGGAAGAGGCCUUUUUCUAGACCCUCCUACAGUUUUCAUGUGCAACAGCAUAUGGAAUCUUUCCUCACCUGAAUGGUUGCAUGCUGAAACUGUAGAACUUGACAAUACGACCUUCAGUUCUCGUGAUGAUAUUUUCAAUAAGCACAGGGAUAAAUCAGACCUUGCUGGAAUUUAUUCUUCUUACAUAUCACACAAAUUAUCUCAAAAUCCAGGAUUAAAAGGAUUUGACCAUAUUGGAGCUUUGAUUAUUGAACCAGUUAUCCAUGCGGCUGGAGGAAUGCAUAUGGUUGAUCCACUGUUUCAGAGGGUACUUGUCAAUGAAUGUCGAAAUCAUAAAAUUCCAGUUAUCUUUGAUGAAGUUUGUUGUGGGUUCUGGCGAUUAGGAGUAGAGACUACCACAAAUCUACUUGGUUGUGUACCAGAUAUUGCCUGUUUUGCUAAGCUAUUGACAGGUGGUGUCAUACCUUUGGCAGUUACACUGGCCUCGAAGGAUGUUUUUGAUUCAUUUGUUGGGGACUCAAAGCUGAAGGCCCUUUUGCAUGGGCACUCAUAUUCUGCACAUGCCAUGGGAUGCGCAGCAGCUGCUAAAGCCAUUAAAUGGUUUAAAGAUCCUCAAACAAACCCUAACAUCAUUUCUGAAGGAAGGUUACUUAAAGAACUAUGGGAUCCGGAGCUGGUACAAAAAAUCUCAUCACAUUCUGCUGUCCGAAGAGUGGUUACAUUAGGGACUAUUUUUGCCCUGGAGCUAGAAGCAGAAGGCUCUAAUGCUGGGUAUGGAUCGCUAUAUGCAAGUUCUCUUAUUCAAAAGCUCCGUCAAGAUGGCGUUUACAUGAGGCCUCUUGGUAAUGUUAUCUAUCUCAUGUGUGGUCCCUGCACAUCUCCUGAGGUCUGCAGGCAACUCCUCAUCAAGCUACACCGAAGACUCAGAGACUUCAACAAAGUUGAGGAGAAACUGGUAUCAUGUUAAUUAUAAAAGUUUCAUAAGUUUAUUUCUAUUAAAUUACGAUAACAAUGAUUAUGUUCGUUAAUACUUCACAAUCUUCCUAUUCUUGAGUAGUUCAAUUGUAUGACUCUUUAGAUAUCAAUAGUCACUCCUAGGUCUUUUGCA